CGCAGGAAGAGGAAGAAAGAGACUGAAGAGGCUUCACACAGCUCUGGUUUUACCCCGGAGUCAAGCUCACCUGAUCCCCGGGACACCCAGAGACCAGACAGAAUGAUGCUGCAGCACCCGGGUCCCUCGCUGGCUGACAUCAGCUGCUCCGCCCUGGUUCCCUGCCUCUCCCCGCCGGGCUCGCUCACCCUGGACGACUUCACCAACUUCACGCCCAUCGUGAAGGAGGAGCUGCGUCUGGCCAUCCAGUCCAAGCGUCUGUCCAACGGGCUCAGCGUUGACAUGAGCUCAGACGGAGCCAGCUCCAGCUCAGACCGGGCCUCGGUGUACCACCCUGAUGGAUCUGCAGUCAAGAGAGAGGUCACACCUCAGGAGUACGAGAGGAGGAAGAGACGGAGGGAGAGGAACAAAGUCGCUGCUGCCAAGUGCCGCAACAAGAAGAAGGAGAAGACGGAGACUCUGCAGCAGGAGUCAGAGAAGCUGGAGAGCGUCAACAGCGACCUGAAGGCUCAGAUCGAGGAUCUGAAGCAGCAGAAGCAGCAGCUGGUCUACAUGCUCAACCUGCACCGACCCACCUGCAUUGUCCGAGCCCAGAACGGCCAGACCCCCGAGGACGAGAGGAACCUCUUCAUCCAACACAUCAAGGAGAGCACCCUGCAGCUCCACAACAUCACCUCCUCCACCACCACCUCCUCAUCGUCCACAUCCAUCUCCACGCUGUCGCCUCUCGACGGGGGACUUCUGACCCUCGAUCACAUCCACUGUCACCUAUGAGCGACCGGCUGCCACUUUUCUAAGACUUGCAAUGCCGCCAAUCGAUGCAGCACAGAAUGUCAGAGAGGACUUACAGUCCGAGAAGGACAAGUGACUCUUCAUAAACGCCAUUCUGGAUGACUCCUCGGUCUCAUUCACUGUCCACAACGCUGCUAGAGAGACCUCAGAGAGACAUGUAUUACGUUUUUUCUUUGUUUUUAAACAUUACAAACAGUCAUGGCCAAGGACAAUGCCAAAGCACUAAAAAAAACAUCUCUUUUUCAUUUUUAUUUACUGUUAUUUUGAAUAGAAGAAAGUUAGAUUUUUGUACCAAAGUGUGAUUUCAAGGUGAUCAAGGCACAUGAUUUAAAAGUUCACACGAAACAAAAGUAGAUCGUAGUAAAGAGUAGUAGUAUAUCGACUGUCUGAGUGUGUUUUGAGCUGCAAGACUUUUAAAAAAAGACUUUGUUGUUUGUGCUUAGUGUAUGGAAAAUUGUAUAUUUAUUUAGUAUCUACUGUAUAACAUGUCAUUGCCGUAUCAACCCUGUCUGCUUGUCCUUUAUACAACGUGAACUACUAAAUUUGCUGCUACUACUAACCACUCAGGACCUGUGCUAUUCUCUAGAAGUUCAGGCUGUUUGCUAUCAGGGCAGCAAUAGCAAUUACAAAAGUGAAAUGUACUUUGCAGGCAGGGCUUUAAAAUGAUGCACUUAAUAAAAAAGCAUAGUAAAAAAAAUUACAAUAUGAUCCUCUAUGCAGAUGAUACCUUACUUUUCCAAACAAGUUCAAAUUUGCUGGCUAGCAAAAUUGUCCCAAAAAAUAUAAAACUGUAUAGUAUUUCACAAUAACACUUUAUUUUAUCACUGCGUUCCCUCUUAAGGUACAUAGAACUAGCGUUGAUUUAUAAAUCUUCCUUGACGAUGAAGCUCCAGAAGUACAAGUUUUAUGUUGAUUUCUAGAAACAUACAAUUUUUUCCCUCCCAGAUACCGAUUUCGAUACCUGAACUUGCAUAUUGGCUGAUACCAACUACCGAUUCGAUACCAGAGCUCUAAAAACAAAAAUCAUGAUGAUGUUAUAAUUCACCUUCGCCCAAAAACAUUUGUUUUACUGUAUAGCGCUUGAACGCAUCAUAAUGUCAUUUUAAUGCAACCUCCGUACAAUAGCUGGGCCGCUCAGCUGGCUGCUAACAGCUAACGUUAACUAGCUCUCCUCCUGCCAAUUUCAACAUGGCUUUGUUGUUCAGAAUGUAGCAUCAUCAGGGAAAAAAUAGGGUGAACAAGAGUGUUUAACCGCAGGUGAUCAGAUAGCGAGUAAUGUGUUGUUGUUGUUCCCGUGUUUAUUGUAAAUGAGCUGAUACGUGAUAUGAUAACGUGAUAUGGAUUGGUUUGGUUUGGUACUGGUCAAUGCGGAGGCGUUUCUGAUACUGGUAUUGGCAUCUUUUGUUUUGGAAUAUUGUAUGGACUGUGCGUUAAUUCUGUGCUACUGUAUGUAAACACUGGAUGCCUCGUUUUGAAAACCAAAAAAAGAUUGUUUAUUUUCUAAAAUGUAUUUUUAUUAACAAGAUUUGGUUUGGAAGUUGUGUUCGCUUGAUAUCGUUAGCUAGGUAUUGGAAGUGUUCAUCAGUCAGCUUUGGGCUGGACCUUCAACGCGCCUGACUCUGAAGAUAUGCACGAUGACGUGAGAUGUUAUGCGGCGUGUUGCAAACUUUAUCAGUAGCCAGGCUUCAAGUCACUGCCAAAUAAUUCCCCAAUCCUUCCGCUCCCCUUUUCUUUCUGUGAUCUGGUUUUAAACUAGGUUUAGGAGCAUUUUUUCUUGUCGAUUGGUAAUCAUAGCUUCAACCUAAAGUGUCCAAACAUCUGCGAACAAGACGCUGAAACCCUCUUCUCAGCUCACACGUCAAAAGGGAAACUCUGCUUAUCAAGUAUUUCAAUAAUCGUCAGUAAGCCUGACUGAGCAUUGAACAUCCUGUUAGCAUCAUUAGCUUCUAAGGUUAUCUUAAAAGGUUUGUCACUGUUGGGGAAAUAUCGUCAGUUCAUAAUAAAAGAGUAAUAAUUUAUGCAGCACAUUAAUAUCACGUCGAUGACUGAAGUUUUAUGUUUGCGUGGUAGAAGAAGGUUUCCAUCGUCUGUCGUGUGUUAUAAAAGCAGAGAACUUGAGAGUAACACGGUUAAAGGGACGCCGGCGUUCAUAGUGUGUUUGUUGUUUUUGUGGUUCCAUGUCCUGUCAUGGCUAGAUAGCUAAUAAGCACUGAGUUUCAUGCGUAUGUAUUCUAUUGUGCCUUCUUCUACUGGAGGCUGUCUUUGUUCGUUUGUUUUGCAGCCACUCGACUGUUGGAGCAUCGUGGCCUAAAUGAAUGAUACCGUAGGCUGUCAAGUACAAUAGCACUGCUACUACCAAUGUGUACUUCCAUCUUUGUGAUCUGUCAACUUUUGUUUUUGAUACUUUGUUAAUUAAAAAUAUGUAUUGCAA